CAUCGAUGAGAAAAGUUUUGAGGCGCAAAUUUUGUUUUUCGUUCAACAACAGGUAAAAAUACAAGUCCGAACAUUGCCAGGCAGCUUAGACGAAAUCAAUAUUGACUACACUAAUGAGAUAUUGACAAAUCCCACUUCUGUGCCCUACAUUAUAAAUGAAGCAAGCUCUUAGCUGAUGUCAUGGCAACAUGUGAUGUCAGGGCACCCUCUGAUAUCAUAGCUCCAUUUUCUGUCAAGCCAGCCUCUACUGUCAAGGCAAACUCGGAUAUCAAGCAUUCAUCUGAUGUCCUCACAAGAAGAAAACUAAAAAAACUUCUUCACCAAGGUACCAUAGACAAUACACCUGUUCAUGAUAGCUACAAAGAACAAUUGGAAUUGAUCAGCAAACUUGGACAGGUGGAGAAACACGAUGAUGGAACAGACACAACUCAGUCAAGCCAGACUUCAAAUACAACCAGUCUUGGCUCAUCCAUUGUGCGGCAGGUACAAAAUGAUACAUGGGUCCAAUGCGAAAACACAAGUUGUUUAAAAUGGCGACGGGUGCCAAAAUUAGAUGCAAAAAAAUUAGAUGAAACUUCUUGGUUCUGUAAAAUGAACCCUGAUGAAUGUCAUAACUUCUGCGAAGCUGCUGAGGAAGAUUAUGAUGUCUGGGAACGCAUGAUCAAAAAAUGUGGUUACAAGUUUAUCCACUCUACACUGGAUGAAGGGACCCUGGUAUGGGCUAAAAUGCAGGGCUAUUGCAAAUGGCCAGCCAUUGUGACAAGGGACCCUGUUGGUGGAGCGCAUGUCUUCUCAGAUACGGAUGGCGAGCCUUUGUCCUACCAUGUAGAGUAUCUCGGCAAGAAGCAUACACAUGGUUGGGUGCAAAAUCAACAUGUGGAGUUGUAUGGAGAAGCCUCUAAACCACAAUCAUCAACGACAUGCACAUCAAGCAAGAAGCGGCGAAAAACUAAACACCUAACAUCUGUGACCCAAGGAUUAAAACCAAAGGAUAGACAGACUUACAAACGACACAAUGUUGAUGACGCGAUACAAGAGAUCACUGGUUUGUUGAAUAAAUCAAAAGAUGAGAAAAUCAAGAGCUGUAGUUUUGGAUUUAUCCCCAUAGCCUCUAAGAGGGAACAAACACAAGCUAAUACAGAGCAUCUAACACAUACUGAAAAGCAAAUCAACACAAAAAGCAAAACAAUGCUGGUGAGAAAAUUGAAGCAAGAUGAAAUAAUGAAUAAUAAAAAUUCCAUGAUGGAUGAUAUUGCAAGUGAUAUUGGAUCACCAGAUGUGAAACUAAAUCAGCUUAGUUUCAAUACGUCAUUAGUAGGGAGGACUAAAGAGGAGAAAUUUGCUCUGGACAUUGAGAUGUACACAAGAAAUGAGAAAGCUUUUGAGCAUGAUGUCCGCAGAUUUAUGGAUCGUAACAACAGAAAAAUCUCCAGACUCCCAUGCUGGCAGGGUAUCAAUAUAACACUAUUUCAACUAUUCCUUGCUGUAUAUGACAGAGGGGGAUUCAAGAAGGUGAAAAGUUACAAAGGAGGGUGGCAGGGAGUUUACAAUGAACUAACUGGGAUGAACUCUCAUGCUGGUGGUGGAAAUGUAGCGGCCUCAUAUUAUACUAGGAAUAUGCUUCCUUAUGAGCUGUACAUCAGUGGCCGCAAUUUCAAAAAACAUUUGAAGAAAUCUCAACCCAAGGCACCUAAACAGAGAAUGAAGAAAACUAAAGAAAAAGCACAGAUUGUUCCUGAUGGUGAUGUUGAAUUUCCUCUGAGUGAUUUCGAAGACCUAUUGGAUGUGGAGCAGGAGUUACAGGGAAUGCUAGGAGAUUUGGAUGAAGCUGAUCCUUUACAAACUGCGGGACUAGCUGUCAGUAUUAAGCGUACCAAGGGUAUUCCAGUUGCAUUCUAUGAUGACAGUCCAAAUGAACAGACUCCAUCUUUCCAGGAGGCAAAUACUGCAUCAGAAUUCGGCCCACAUGCAGCAAUGCCAGAAGGUGAACAGGAAGUACCAUCAGGUGUUAUAUUCAGUGAGGAGGAUAAUUCCCAUGACACCAUUGAGGAGGACAAUUCUCAGGAUGUUCAAGUAUUCCAUGAAAUGCAAGCUCUAGAACAUGAGAUUGAUGAGUUGAACGUUGAUAUAGAUUGGUGAGCACAAUAUCCAUCUGAAAUUGUGCGGACAAUAUUUAUCUUAAUUUAUGAGAUAUGAUAUCUAUUUCAGUAAGUGAAUAUUUGUUGAACCAGACAUGGAUGUCUAGGAACACAGUCAAGGACAAUGUUGAUUUCAAUCUCAAAUAUGUUAAGCCUCUAAUGUUUCAUAAUGUGUGUCCAAUCUCUCAAAUGAUGAGAUUUAAUCAUUUUUAUACAGUUGAUUUUGUUGUAAUUUGAUUAAUUUGUGUUUAAUUGAAGGAAAUAAAACUACAAAAAAUUCUUACAUAUGAAUGAAA